UUCAUAUGCCAAAAUAAGCGCAAAUUCAUUUAAAAAUAAAACAUGGAACAAAAUAAAUUUUAUGUUCAGUCAUAAAGUAGAGUUGUGAAAGCAAAUACGUUCUCCUGCCGAAAGAAAAAACCAUGGAACGUUGGCAUAGAAAAAUCGCCGUUGUUACCGGAUCCAGUGCUGGCAUUGGGGCUGCCACCUGCAAAGCUCUAGCCGAGAAGGAUAUGAUAGUGAUAGGUUUGGCUAGACGCCUGGAGAAAAUGGAAGAACAAACAAGGCCCCUGAUAGAGGAAAAAUAUCGCAAGAAUUUCCAUACCUACAAAUGUGAUGUGGGCGAUGAGGCGAAUGUCAAGGAAGCCUUUGCCUGGAUUGAAAAGAAAUUCGGUGGCAUUGAUGUUCUAAUCAACAAUGCUGGCAUAUCUCCCGUAGCCUCUUUGUUAGCAGCCGAUAAUACAAAAGUGAUGAAAGAUGUGGUAAACACCAAUGUUAUGGGUGUAGUGUGGUGUACACGAGAGGCCUUCCAAAGUAUGAAAAAGCGAAGUGUUGAUGGUCACAUCAUCAAUGUGAACAGUGUUGCCGGCCAUAAGGUUCCAGUUGUCCCAGGCUAUGGUUUUCAUAUGUAUGCACCCUCAAAACAUGCUAUGACAGCGAUGACAGAGGUCUUGAGGCAAGAGCUGAUAACUCAGGGAACCAAAGUCAAAGUGACGAGUGUCAGCCCAGGUGCAGUUCGUACCGAAAUUGCUGGUACUGAAUAUCCAGCCCACAUACCAGCUCUAGAUAGCAAAGAUGUGGCCGAUGCUAUUGUCUUUUGCCUACAAACUCCACCACAUGUUCAAAUUCAUGAACUUAUGAUACGACCAGUAGGGGAAAAAUUCUAAAAUCCUGAAAAUAUUACUUGAAUGCCUACUCAAUGUAUGACGUGUUUCUAAUUACAAAAAAAAUCUAAUAAUUUAUUUUAUAUUAAAAUGUUUAGAAAUUU